CUUUCUGAGAGCUUAAUUCUCCGGUCAUCACAUCACAAACCCAAUAAUUUCAUUCUAAGCCCAACAACCAGUUCGGUCGGAUCCAACCCGGAUCGAAAAUUCUCCGGGUCGGGUAAUGGAUCUUCGCCGGCCGAUGAAGGAACGAAGAAGCAGUACAGAGGGGUUAGGAGGCGACCGUGGGGAAAAUAUGCAGCAGAGAUAAGAGAUCCGACCUGGAAAGGUUCACGGGUCUGGCUCGGAACUUACGAAACCGACGUGGAUGCUGCCAGAGCUUACGAUUGUGUGGCUUUUAAGCUGAGAGGAAGAAAAGCCAUCCUUAAGUUUCCGUUCGAUGCCGGAAAUUUAAUACCGCAGGUGACGAUUGGCCGGAAGAGGAGAAUUGAUCAGUGAUGCACUUAGUUGAGUGGGUUUUUGUUUUAAAUAAACUAAAUCAAUUUGUCGGUUUAUUUUAAGUAAACCUAAUUGAUUGUGGUCAUUUUUAUGGGGUUUUUUUUCACUCCAUCUCUUAUCCUCGUUCUAAAAAGAUCAACCUCUUAAAUUA